CAGAGCCAUGUAGAGAGAGUUAACUUAGCCUGGUGGUUGCUGUAAGCGUGCUGUAACUAUAGCAACAGAGUCCUGCAGUUUGCAAAUGUUGCUUUCUAGUUAUUGCGUUAUGAGCAAAGUUUGCGCUUGAAGAAGCACUUUGUAAUGGGCGCCUUUUAAGUAUAAUAUGUAGCUGUUUCAAGCCGAGCUUUGCGAUAUCAGCUCAGUCUUGGGAGGAUUAGCUUGAGAGCUCACUGUCAGUAGCUAAGCGCUAGCUGCAUACAAAGCUGUCUGUAUGCGCACCCGGUGAUGGAUCAAUACAGCAUAUUGGGUAGAAUCGGAGAAGGGGCUCAUGGCAUUGUUUUCAAAGCGAAACAUAUCGAGACAGGUGAGACUGUGGCAUUGAAAAAGGUAGCUCUUAGAAAGCUGGAAGAUGGCAUCCCAAACCAAGCCUUAAGAGAGAUCAAGGCUUUGCAGGAGAUUGAAGACAAUCAAUAUGUGGUAAAGCUGAAGAAUGUGUUCCCUCACGGGACGGGCUUUGUGCUGGUGUUUGAGUACAUGCUGUCCGACCUGUCCGAGGUCAUCCGCAACUCCCAGCGGCCCCUCACCGAGUCCCAGGUCAAAGGUUACAUGAUGAUGCUGCUGAAGGGCGUGGCCUUCUGUCAUGAGAACUCCAUCAUGCACCGGGAUCUGAAACCAGCAAACCUUCUCAUCAGCUCCACUGGCCACCUGAAGAUUGCUGACUUCGGCCUUGCCAGACUGUUCUCCAAUGAGGGUGACCGGCUCUAUAGUCACCAGGUGGCUACCAGGUGGUAUCGGGCACCAGAGCUUCUGUAUGGUGCGCGGAAAUAUGAUGAAGGCGUUGAUCUCUGGGCGGUGGGUUGCAUUUUCGGGGAGCUGUUGAAUAAUUCCCCCCUUUUCCCUGGGGAGAAUGACAUUGAGCAGUUGUGUUGCGUGCUGAGGGUCCUCGGCACACCCAACCAGCAAGUGUGGCCGGAGAUUACGGAGCUGCCAGAUUACAACAAGAUCACCUUCAAGGAGAACCCCCCCAUCCCCCUGGAGGAGAUUGUGCCGGACACCUCGGCCCAGGCGGUGGAUCUGCUGAAGAAGUUCCUCGUCUAUCCCUCCAAGCAGCGAAUCUCUGCCAGCCAGGCUCUGCUCCACCCAUAUUUCUUCACAGAUCCGCUUCCUGCCCACCACUCGGAGCUCCCCAUUCCACAGCGAGGAGGGAAACGCUCUCACCAGCGCCUACAGCCCCCCUAUGAAUUCUCUGUGGACCGGCCCCUCCAUGAGAGUUUGGUGGAUCCUGGACUAAUCCAAGGGCAUGCAUGGGGGUGUUUCUGACUGCAUGUACAUCCGUCCCAACAGCAUGUGUUUUUUCUAGUCUUGUAUUUGAGUGUGGAAACACAUCAUAGCCCAACAUUUUAUUUAAUUAUUUCGUAGUAUUUGAGGUGAUGACAUAAUUUUCCACCUAAAUAUUGAAAUUUGGUAUUAUCAGCAUUGCUGUGUGUAUAACUGAUGACUGUAUUUUCUCUUAGGUUUAAACUGUACUGGCAUGGUCCACUGCAGUGAAGGGCAGGAGUUACAGAUUUGUUUCUGCUGUAUCUUAUAUAAUUUAAUGAUCUGAUCUGAAUGUUUAAUCCAGAUACGUUUAAGGAUAUAAAUGAACUAUGCAGUAGUGUGCAGAGAACAGUAAAGCCAGCGACAGUAUGGCUUUCCAAGAACAGAGCUGGCUAUCCCUGGAUAUUUCAAUAAAACAGCAUUGGUUGAUUCUUAUGUUAUAUCUGUAAUCGCCUCCGCUCUGAUCCCUGGAUUACUGUGGUCUUUGCAUCCCUGAGCAGAUAACUGUUUUUCCUUGGGAAACUUACUGCACACUGAUAAGCUGGCUGAGUAGCACGUGGGAGCUGGGAGCUUCAGAGAUGGAUAGGGUCUCUGUGUUUGUGUUUUCAUUCAAGGCCUAUGGAAGCAAACUGCUUCACUGAGUAGGCACAAAAUGGCCUUAUAAGGGUGUGCCUGUCUGUUAAGGGUG